UAAGCAGAGUCAUACCAGAGUAAUAGAAGUACUUCUAUUACUCUGGUCAUACCUUUCUCGCAAAUAUAAAAACUCUCUCAAUUAUGACUCUGCUUACCAUUAGGCCAUGUUUGAGCGGCAUCGGUGUCAAGAGAACACGAGCAGAAGGUUUUUUCGAAUAAAAAACAUGUUAGUGGCCAAAGGGAUUGACGUGCAGAAAUAGAACAACUAUUAAAACAUACACAUAACGCUUAUUUUACUAAAAUGGCAGAUGAAGAUGAAACUAAAGAAUAUCGCUGGGAGUCUGGAUAUGAAAAAACAUGGGAAGCAAUCAAAGAAGAUGAUGACGGCUUAUUGGAAUCAAAUGUAGCUGAUCUAGUUGCAAGGGCAAAGAGGAAAAGAGCUGCAUUGAAAGAUACUGGUGCGAUCCAACUUGGGAUGAUGAGGCAUCUUUUUGUUGUUGUGGAUGCUUCAGCAUGCAUGUUUUUGCAGGAUUUAAAACCUACACGAUUUCUGUGUGUUCUGAAACUACUUGAGGUCUUUGUUCAUGAGUUCUUUGACCUGAACCCAAUAAGCCAGUUAGGAAUAUUAACAACUAAAAUGAAGCGUAGUGAGCAAAUCACAGUUCUUGCUGGCAACCAGAAAAAGCAUAUUGAGGCUUUGCAACAGUUAAAGGAUUUGUCUUGUGAAGGGGAGCCCUCUCUUCAGAAUUCGUUGGAAAGAGCUAUGAAUGGGCUAAAAAACAUGCCUGCCUAUUCCAGUAGAGAAAUCUUGGUGUUAUUUGGAAGUUUGACAACUUGUGAUCCCGGUGACAUACAAAAAACGAUCAAGUCCUUAAAGGACAAUAAUAUUCGGGUUUCUAUCAUUGGGUUGGCGGCAGAAGUACGAAUAUGCCAAGAGAUUGCUAAAAAAACCGGCGGCACGUAUAACGUUCUAAUUGACGAUCAUCAUCUGAAAGAACUUAUCCUAAACCAAGUGCAACCACCAGCUGUAGCAGGUUCAAUGGAAGCUUCACUGGUAAAAAUGGGGUUUCCUGGAGGCUCUCCAAUCGUAAACGAUGGCACUUCAGAUUCAUCUGCUGAUCACGCACCCGCUUAUUGUCUUUGUCACAUUGAAAGCGAAACGUCUAGUUUGAUGGGUCCCAAUGGUUAUAACUGCCCACAGUGUGGAAGCCGUUAUUGUGAGCUACCGGUUGAGUGUAAGCAAUGUGGGCUGACGUUAGUUUCUGCGCCUCACCUUGCCCGCUCUUACCACCAUCUCUUUCCUAUUAAACCGUUUAUAGAACGAGCACAGGUCCGAGAGACAACGCAUUGUUUCGCAUGUGCUAAACUGUUCGUUGAAGCAGAAACUAAUGUUUACGAGUGUGAAAACUGCAAUCAAAUAGUGUGUCUGGACUGCGAUCUAUUUAUCAGGGAAACUUUGCACACAUGCCCUGGGUGUGCUAGUGAUCCUGUAACAGCUCAAAUGAAAACAAAUUGAAUAAAUGGAUUUCUCUCACUGGUACAUGAAAUUCUACAGAUGUAAAUAACUUUCGCGCAUCGGUUGGUGUCAACUAAAAAUUAAACUGUGUAAUCGAGUAUUUGUGCAGUGUACAUUUGCAAUAAAAAAAGAUUUGUCUUAAAAA